ACAGACGAUGUAGCUCCUGAUUUUUUACGAAAAACUGGAUUUGGGCAUCCUGGUUAAAAUUUCUUUCUUCUAUUCUUCCUAAACUAGAUUAUUGUUGCGCCUUGUAUGAUAGUUCGUUUUCUGUUAUUGUUCUUGAUUCUGUAAACAAACUUGCUUCUCGUGUUAUUUCUCUUAAUUUUGACUAUCGUUCUUCUAACUCUUUACUUGUGUCUCAACUGUCUCUACCAGAUCUGUCACCUCGUCGUAAAUAUUUUUGACUGAUACAGUUUUUCAUGAGUUAUCAUCGUCUUAGUCCACUUUCUUCUUUUUAUGAUGUUCUUUGUCCUUAUUUGGAAUGAUGACAAAGGAAGAACAAUAUGUUCGUAUUCCACCGCCUGAAAACGGUUUUUCUCCACAAACAGUUUCGUCUUCCUUCUUUUAUUCAACUUGCACUGACUAGGAUAAUUUUCCGGAAUCAGUCGUUCGUUCUUCUUCAUUAUUGCCAUUUAAAAUAUCUUUAUCUCAGCAUCUUUCAGUAGAACAUAGCCAUAUUUACAGUUAAAAACAAAACCAGUGCUGUUACUCUUUAUUUUAUUUUUUUUUUUUUUUAUUCUUUCUUUACUAUCUCUCUAUCUGUACACUAGUUUACGUUUUAUUUUUAUUUUUUCUAUUUAUAAAUUCUUUUUGUUGAUGUUUGGCUCGAGUCAUUGUUUUAUAGGUCGGGAACCAUUGACGGCUCUCACUUUUCGUGAAUAAAUUCAUGCAUUCAUUCAAUCGGUUCUUCAACCUAAAAAUAGCCCCGAGAAUUUAAUGAUAAGAUUUGAUAUUAGUUCAAGGCUCCUAGUUUUAAAAAUUCUUCUUUUACUGCUCUUUUUUUACGUGGAUUAUAUGACUCAUCGUAAAGGCGCGCGUUGAAGGGAAGAAUAAGUAGCGCUGCGAUAAAGUUUGUAUCAUUGGUUGUUCUUUGGCAAACUGUAAUUCGUAUUUGUUUAAUGUGAAGGUGUUGGCAAGAUACCUUAAUUCUUUAUUCAAAUAAUGGAUAUAAGCUUUCUCUGAAAAAAAGAUCAGGUUACUUUGAGUAUAAGCCAGCUCUUACUGAAAAAUAAUUCAAAUAGUUGACAUUAAACAAUAUGGAUACGAUGGACUUUCUUGAACCAAAAUCUCUUUUUAGACCAACUCAUUGGAGCAAGGAAGUGGAAAAUGCUUAUCGAUUUCAACUUGCCGGCUAUCGUGAUGAGACAGAAUAUAAAGCAUUACGUAAAGUAGCUCAAAUAGAUAAAUGGCCAGAUUCUGGGUUUGUGAAAAAACUUCAACGGCGAAAAGAUGGCUAUUUUUACUAUUUUGACAAAGAACGAGAAUGUCCAGACAAAGAAAUUAAUAAAUAUUCAGUGAGUCGUGGUUAUAUUGCUUAUACUCAAUAUAUUUCUGACUGUUUAAAAACAAUCGAAGUCGAUCUUCUAUUACAAAAACGAACAGUAAAACGUUCGGAAAUGAUUCAUCAUAAUGAAAAACAUCUUUUAAAAAACAUUGUAUUAUCAUUAAAAUUUAUCUUUUAUAAACGUAUUCAGUCGUUAAAAACAGAGCUUGAGCAAGCAUUAGAUAGAUAG